GAGAAAGAAUAUUUGUGUCAAAAAUGGAAAAAGAAAGGAAAAUUCAAAAGUUAAAAAUCUAACUAGAAGAAUUUCAAACUUUCAAUUUCCAUUUUCUUUGAAACUCCAAUUGUUGCCAGGUUGUUGUUGAUGUGUAACUUUUAGUGUAACUAACUAACUCUUUCCGUUGAGAUAGAACUAAUGGUCGAACUGGAGAACUGUUUAAAUUUGGAGAGAAAUAGAAAAAAAUGACCUACACAGAAGAUUGGGCUCAGUAAACUGAAGCAUCGAUGGUGAUUUUCUAUGUUAUUGUCUCUCUUUAAGCCAUCAUAGUUCAACCGAAUGACAGAGAAAAAGAGAAAAAUAAAACAAUUUCAUCCGCGCGUCAUGUUAUAACUCAUCUAGUAUUAAUUUGUGCUCAGAAUCAAAUGGUCAUGUAUAUACCGCGUAGUUUUGUAUUCAACGUUUCAAUAGCAACAAUAAAAUCGAGCAAGCGAACAAGAGGUUAAUAGAAAGAGAUAGAGUAAACGAGUAAGCGUUACUAGUUGUUGUGUACUUGCGAGCAACGCGUCGUUGUUGUUGUUCGGUGCUUAUUGUACGCUUGGUGCUAUUGCUGCGUUGUUGUCGCUUUUGAGCAGAGUCAAUAGAAAAUUUUGAGCAAAAAAGUUAAGCUGACAGAGUGUUCUUUUCGCGUUCGGUGUGUAUUGUUCAUCCAGCGGGAGAAAGAGUGUGUGAAAAGUGAACGCGUAUCGUGUAAAACUACCAUAAAAAAUAAACAGUAUUUUUGUAAGCAUCAUUUAAAAAAAAGAAAGAAAUAUAUAAUAAUAUAAUCUCAAAUAGAACGCACACACGCUACACACCGUGGUUUUAUUCAUCUCAUAUUCAUGCAUGAGGCAUUCUGAAUUAUGGUUCGCAAUUUAUAAAUUCAGUGUGUGUGUAGCACCGGAUACAUGUUAACGUAGUGGGCGCGUUUUGUCAAUCUAUAAUACUGAAGAAAAAAACGUAAAUUAAAGUGCAUGUGUUAAGAGGUCGAGCAAUAAAAGUAGUGAUUUUUUUACAAACUUCAACAUCUUUCGAAUUCAAUUGAGAACGCUUAUUGUCAACAUGCCUAAAUCCAUUGAUUACCGCUACCUAACGACGCUGCCAGCCUUUUUACGCAUAGUGGCGUUGAUAUUCAACAUUUUGGCAAUUCUGUUUGUCCGUGGGGCGGAAAAUCCAUAUUACGAUGUCAAGAAUGUUAUUAAAUUCAAUGCUAUUGCGAUUGCUGGAGCAUGCUUUUCCAUCAUAGCAUUGAUUUCGGUGGUGGCGUUUAUCGAUCUGCGUAACUCAUUAAAAUGGCUGCGUAACGAAUUGCUGAUACAGUGUGCAUUAAUAAUCGUAUAUGUUUAUGGCUGUGUGACAAUGGUAUUGGCGACAAUUGAAUGUUAUCGCAAUGACUGCCCAAGACAAUUAAUAGCAACGAUAUGUGGAAUUGCAGCGACCAUUACAUAUAUCAUUGAUGGUGUGUUCAAAUUGUGUGAAUGGCGUCGAAAAUGUCGUGUUCAGCGAUUAACAACGGCCAAUAAUGACGAUGCCAAAGUCGAGGAGCCCUAUGUUGAUGAUGUACAAGAAUCGCCAACAGCAACUGUCACUACAACUGAAGAUGAGCCAACGACAGUAACAGCAACCACGCAACCACAGCCAAACGCCACUGACUGAUUUUUUUUGUCUUUUUUCUGCCACAACAAAAAUAUUUCUCACCACGUUUGACCAAAUGUACGCACGAAAGUUUUUCCAUUUGGAAGAUAUUCAAAGAUUUUCUUUUAGCUUGUAAAUUUGCACUAAAGUACAAAUAAAUAUUUACUCUAAUUUUCCUUUUUCUAUGCUUGAGACGAAAAUGUGAAUCAUUUGGGAAAUAUUUUAAAUAUAAAAAUAUAUAACACUUUCUUUAAAUUUUGC